UCAGAUGCAAAAGAUCAUCUUAAACAUAAACCGCCCAGACAUUGUUUUAGACGCAAAGUGUGAUCUGGUACCCACGCUUACGGGACACGGGAGUGGCUUUAUCUGAGCGUGAGAUAACAAAACAUUUAAGAAGCUGCGGAACAUAGCGCAAGGAAAACUUUUGCGCCAUGGCGUUCGCUGCGUACUGGAUGACUCUCAAAGGUGACACACUAAAACAUGUCCCUGAAACAUCAAGAUUUGAGUCUCAGCAAGCCACACCCACGUCAACAUCACAGGUCUCGGCAGCGAAACCUGCACAAUAUGAGAAAGGACCCACACAAUCCUCCACGCCAGCUGCAGCUGUCAAACCCGGCACCACCCCUCCUUCAGGAGCUGCUGGAGGGGCUGCUGGUACCCACACAUAUCAAAAAGGAUCUCCUCAAGUCACACAACAGGUCUCUAAACCUGCACCUCCCGCCUAUGCCAAAGUCCCAUCUGUGAGCUCUGGCACUGGACACGCGGGCACGACCGUUGGAGCGGGUGCAAAGCCCACGGACCCUGCAAAAGACAAGGCACAGAGUACAACUAUUUAUUCAUCCAAACCGGGACCUGUUAAAGUGGAUGCAUCUGUCGGGAAACCCGUAGCCUCGGCCGGUUUACCUGGAAGUGGCCUAAAGGAGAAGAGUGGCCAAAAGGUGCAAGUGGAAGUAGGUCCAUCAGCACCGAAAGUCAGUGCAGAGAUCGAUCCCUUUGAUGCUUUGAGUGACACUUUACCAUCAACACAACCUGAGGCUCCUAAACCCCCAAAGUACACUGGACCAGAAGUCAAAGAGACCAAUAUCAAACCAGAGAAGGGUGUUUUGUGUGGUGAGAGAGAAAGUACACUGCCACCUGGAUACAGACGGGAAGACUGGGAAAAGAAGACACCGGUCGGGGUUCCAGAGAAACCUAAAGAAGUUCCCAAGCCUAUAAGCACAGACGAGGCACUGGAAGCUCUCUCCACUGGAUUUGUGUCCUCCGCUCCAAGCGCUCCGAAGAAAACAGAGCUGGUAACAGAAACUGUAGGUCCAAUUGAUGCCAAAUCUGCAGGCUUCUCAAACUUUGCCCCGCCUCCACCUGCUCAGCAGAAACAACAGAUAACAACCUUACCUUCUAAUAUGAACAAAUCACCUGCUCCACCAGCUGACAAGAAAGCCAAAAUAGAGAGGCCUGGUGAAAACUUGACAGCAGGCAAGAGUUCAACUACUGCACAGCAUGCUAAACCAAAGACAGAUGUGCCAGAUAGCUCCAUCCCGACAGAUGCUCUCAGUGAACUGGGCGACAUGCUGGGUGAACCAGAACCUCCCAAAAAACAACCCGACCUUAACCCAAAAGACAUAAUAGAUGAAAAUAAAAUAAAAUCAGAGAAGGGCGUACGUGUUGGGGAGAGAGAGGACAGCCUUCCACCAGCUUACAGAUUCUCAGAGGAAGACCUUAAAAAACAUCCUCCUCCUCCAAUAGAGCCUUCAAUUGGCACAGAUGAUGCACUGGACAUUCUUUCUGGAGAUUUCACCACUCCUGCAGCAGCACCUGUUGUUAAGGCCGGUGUUCCUCCUAAGCCACCUGCACAGGAAAAGAAAACAGCUGAGGCUCCAUGGAAAGCUAAAGAUUACCCUAAGCCUUCAAUUGGCACAGAUUUUACGACCCAUGCAGCUGCACCUGUUGUUAAGGCCUCUGUUCCUCCAAAGGCACCUGCACAGGAAAAGACAACAGCUGGGGCUCCAGGAAAAGCUAAAGAUGUCCCUAAGGUGGAUGAAUUAUCAGCUAUAGACGCUCUGGCUGGUGAUUUUGUAGCUCCACCACAGGCUGCUCAUAAGGUUUCUUCAGCUAUUCCUCCAGGCCCCAAGCAAAGCAAUCUGACAGAUGAGGAUCCCUUUAGCGCUUUGGGUGACACGCUGAGUGCACCAGAACCACCAAAAAAACAACCUGAACUCAAACCUGGAGAUUUUGUGAAGGAAAAGGAAUUGACAUCAGAGAAAGGCGUGCGUGUUGGGGAGAGAGAGGACACGCUUCCGCCCGGUUACAGGUUCUCAGAAGAAGAACUCAAAAAAUAUCCUGCUCCUCCAAGAGAGCCUUCCUUAGGCACUGAUGACGCUUUGGAUCUUCUGUCUGGUGACUUUGAGAGCACCCCUGCACCAACUGUUGCCGCACCCCCAGUCGCCAGGCCCCCUGUUUGUACUGCUGUCAAGCCGCCUCCUAAACCUUUAGAUGAUUUCGAUUUAGAGGUUCUUGCAGAUGAUUUUGUGGCUCCUACUUCUGCAUCUAAAGUUCAGUCCGCUGUUACCGUCCCACCACAUGCCGAAAGACAGAUGUCAGACGGUUCAUCAGCUUUAGAUGCUCUAUCAGACACACUGGCAGAAAUAAAACCCAAGCCUGAGCCCACCCCUAUCUCACCAAAAGCCAUUGUUCAGGAAAUAGACAUUGUGGAGGAGAGAGUGAGUAAGCCUGGGGAGAGAGAUGACAGCCUGCCACCAGACCAUCGCUUUUCAGAAGCCGACAAGAAGGCGUUUGAAGAAGCAAAGAAAAAAUGUCCUGAACCAAAGCAGGCAUCAAUCGAUGACGCAGCGGCCCUUGACCUGCUCGACAGCGAAUUCUCAUCAGCACCCACCGUGAAAGCAUCUGCACCAGAGGCUCAAACCUUCACUCCAGAAUGCACAAUUCCAACCUUCGCGGAACAAGGUAGAGCUUUAGACGAACUGGCAGAAAAACUGUUUCAAAAUCCGGAGAAACCCAAAGAGAGCAAAGCAAAGGGAAAGGGGGGGAAGUCAAAGUCUAAACAGAAGAAACAGUCUGGAGGUGAUUCCUCAGCCGUAGAGAAUCUGUCCAGUAAGCAGAGCUCCAAAGACGUAGUGCCUUCAGCGAAAGAUGGAAAGAGAUAGAUCAGUUUACAAUGAUUCGCAUACUCAUCAUACCUACCAGGAAAGGUUAUGAAAGGGAGCUGCUUGGACAAGAAAUAUAUUUUUACGGUGGAUGUGGAAUAAAACAGAAUAUAUAUAUAACUGCACAGAGACACUUACUCAUGUAUUUUAAGAGUUUCCUGAAGAAAAAGCCAAAAUAAAUAAAUAUAAUGAUCUUUAAUUGCCUUGUGACUGAUAAAAGAUUUCUACACAGAAAGGAUGGUACAGGUGGGUUUUGUCAAACAGUGUAUGUAUUGUUCAUUCAUUCACCACAGCAGUUUGCUUUUUAUAUAAAAUACCCCAUAAUAUAAAUAUCCACUAUGCAUUUUCUCCCACUUCUUUUUGUCACGGGGUAUUGCUGCAGUUUUCCUGUUCAUAGAGGUGAACGUUGUCUAUUGCUCUUUGAAAAUCUAUAGAGACUUUGUACAGAGAAGUCAUUGUAGGUUAUGAAUUCAUUCACAGUUUACAGUGCAGGAGUGACAGUUUUGAUAUCUGUUGAAUGCUGUUGUAUAUCUGUUUUAUGACACUAAUUCAAAAAAAAAAGCUUUGUGUGAGAGUUGUUUUUCUGUUGGUUGUUUCAGAACGGUUUUCUGAAAUGCACUUAUAUGGUUCAUUUUGACAAAAAUAAAAUUUGCACAAACACUAAUUGACUAAAUGAUCACAAAACGCCUUGGUAAAAAGAUUGACUACUUGUGCAAUGUUUUGUUCAUUUGAUUUAAAUAGAUAAUUAAAAAUAAUUCUGUCUAAAGCACAAAGGUUUAACAAAUGUAUUUUCGAAACCACUAGUAAGUUAACAGGUGUUGCAUUAGAUGUGGUGGGCUAAGUCUGAAUCUUUCGCUUUCGUUUUAACUCGAUGUGUUGGUUAAAGGGCCACCACAACAUUACACUUUUGUUGAACAGCAGGAAGGACACGUUUAUUGUUUGUCGCUUUAAACGUACAAAAAACUGACUGUAAAAACGGAAAUACGACUCAUAAUUUAAGGUUACUUAUUUCCUUCUUGCAUAGAUUAAGGUAAUUCAGAGGUCUUCCAAAACAAAUGUGUACUAUGGUAUUUUUAAGAAGGGAUUUUUACGUCAAAAGAAAUCAUAUUUUGGAAUGUUUGUUUUGAAAGAUUAUGUGCAAAUAAAAGCAUAGUAAUGUUUUGGGUCUCAAAUCAGUUUUUUGGGGGGAUGUGUUUGCAGAGAAUAAAAAAAUAAUAGUUUAUAAAAUACAUCUUCAAAUGUAAUUUCAGGCCAUGCUAACUGGUUAGAUCAUCACUUCACUAUUGGUUUACAGCUUGUGUUGUAGUGUAUGAGCAAGCCUCAUAUUAUACAGUAUGAUGUAUGUAUGUCCUAUGAAAAGACAGCAUUUAUAGAAGAGGUGUUGUGCUUUUACUGCUGUUACAAACAUGUAUUGAAAUAAAAAUAACAGUUAAAUGGU